GUUGAGACUUUCUCACCGGCCGAGCCGGAGCGCGCCCUGCCUGCCCCCGGGAGCCAGGGCCACCGCGCCCUGGACAGUCCGGACCCAGCCGCCUGCUCCCGCCCACCCCGCGGGACCUCUCGUUCCUCGCACCCCGCAGCCCCGAGGAAGCCUCCGCCUCCUGCCUCGCCCCCCUCCCCGAACCGAGGAAAGCCCGCGUAGACCCCCGGCCCUUUCACCCUCUAGGCUGUUAGGGCCGCCUGGCCCCCCAGGGCGCCCUCCUGCCAAGUUCUCACCCCUCCUCGCUCCAGUGGUCGCAUCUCCUUCAGUCUCAGGCACCCUCCCCUUCUAGCAGACCUCCCCGAAGAGUCGUAGAUUUUCCCAUCGGGGAUCCCGAGCCCUCUCGGGCUUAGGCACUUUCCCUUUCCCCGCCGCCGGCCCCAAGGCCAGCGUCGUCGCAGCGUGCGCCUCUUCCUCCAUGCCGCCCUCGGGCCUGCGGGCGGCGGCGGCAGCUGCCCUGGUGCCGCUGCUGGCUCUCCUGCUGGCCCCGCCGCGCCCGGCUGUGGCCAUGUCCACCUGCAAGACCUUGGACAUGGAGCUGGUGAAGAGGCGGCGCAUCGAGGCCAUCCGAGGGCAGAUCCUGUCCAAGUUGCGGCUGGACAGCCCGCCAGCCCAGGGCGACGUGCCUCCCGGCCCGCUGCCCGACGCCGUGCUCGCCCUCUACAACAGCACCCGGGACCGCGUGGCCGAGCCGGGGCCCGAGGCCGAGACCGACUACUACGCCAAGGAGGUCACCCGGGUCCUCAUGCUGCCCCAGAAUCCGGAUGCUGAGAAGAUCCCCCACAGUGUUUACUUCCACUUCAACACCUCAGAGCUCCAGGAAGCUGUACCUAAUGCAGCUCUGCUGUCUCGAGCUGAGCUCCGGAUGCUGAAGACCAAGUCAACGGUAGAGCAGCACGUAGAACUUUAUCAGAAAUUUGGCAAUGGUUCCUGGCGCUACCUGACCAGCCAGCGGGUCCGGCCCAGCCAGACCAUGGAGUGGCUGUCCUUUGAUGUUACCAGUGUGGUAUACCAGUGGUUGAGUAGCAAAGAAAAGACUGAGACCUUCCGCCUCAGUGCCCACUGCUCUUGUGACCAGAAAGAUACCCAGCUACAUAUGGAUAUUAGUGGUUUGAGCAAUCUCCGGGGGGACAUGGGAAUUAUUCAGAACCAAAACCGUCCUUUCCUGCUGCUGAUGGCCACCCCUCUGGAGCGGGCACAGACCCUUCAGAGCUCCAGGCGCCGAAGGGCCCUGGACACUGACUACUGCUUCAGCUCCUCAGAGAAGAACUGCUGUGUACGUCAGCUCUACAUUGAUUUUCGUAAGGACUUGGGCUGGAAGUGGAUCCAUGAGCCCAAAGGCUAUCAUGCCAACUUCUGCCUGGGGCCCUGUCCCUACAUUUGGAGCCUGGACAACCAGUACAGUAAGGUUCUGGCCCUCUAUAACCAGCACAACCCUGGGGCCUCAGUGAACCCCUGCUGUGUGCCCCAGGCCCUGGAGCCUUUGCCCAUCGUUUACUAUGUAGGGCGCAAGCCCAAGGUGGAGCAGCUGUCCAACAUGAUUGUCCGCUCCUGCAAGUGCAGCUGAGACCCUUGCCCUGAUCCCCGGGGACCCCCCGGCAGGCCCGGCCCCCUCCCCCCACUCCUCCCCAAGCUGGCCCCUUAUGGGAGGGGGAGAGGGACCUGGCCUGGGGUGUGUGUGUGGUAUUUAAAGGCCACCCGGACCCCAACCCCCUGGGGGCCGAUUAAAGGUGGAAAGAGAAA